GUGAGGACUUGUACUCAUGUUUAAAAGGUCUUAUUAUAAUUUCAACUCCACAGACCAGGAAACGAGAGAGCUUGCUCCACACGUUAAAUGGUAUGAGCUCUGAACUAUUGAUCACCUAAAGAGGUGAAUACUAAACUAUCAUAAAUCAGACUGCAGCUGAACAUAUGCGCAAAUCUAGUACGAGAACACCGACGUAGAAGCGUCACCAGAGUGAGAUAAACCUCAGAUCACAUGAACCUCUCACACGACAACCUGGAAGAAUCUACAAAGGACAAUGGCAACAUCGACUGUGCAAACCAGAGCCUCACAUCACCAGCUCAACAAUCGACGCAAACUUCACUUGGAUACUCUACAGUUGCCAUCAAUUAUGUUGUUGAUUUGCAACAAAAGAAACAGGAAAUUGGCAAACCAAAGUGUGUCUUAGAGCUGUUUGAUACAUUUCCCAUAGUGCAGGGUAAAUCCAGACCAAUCAAGGUGUUAAACCGAUUGACAGUUGUGGCCUCUGACCCAUCACACUUUAGACCAAAUGCAGAGUACAAAGCCUAUGACUUAGUGGCUGUCUAUCCUACAACAGAGAAGUUGUUUCAUGCAGCCUGCAUGACAUUUGAUGUUGACAUCAUCUGUGUAGCAGUGAUAGAAAAACAACCCUUCUUUUUCAAAAGAUCUCCAAUAAAUGGGGCAAUUGAAAGAGGUGUGUUCUUUGAGAUAAGUUACACACCUGCUAUUCGAGACUCCACCAUGAGAAGAUACACCAUCGCAAAUGCCAUCAGUCUCAUGGAGACGUGCAAAGGGAAGAAUGUAAUUGUGACCAGUGGGGCAGAAAAGCCCCUUGAGUUGAGAGGACCCUAUGACAUUGCCAACUUAGGCCUUCUGUUUGGGCUGUCAGAAGGAGAUGGCAAAGCUGCUAUCUCAACCAACUGUCGAGCUGUCCACUUACAUGGAGAAACAAGAAAGACUGCCUUGGGUAUCGUACACACUAUGAAGAAAGACCAGCCGUUGACUGAGAGACAGGAGGAAGAGCAUGCUCCAGCGUCUAAGAGGGCUAAGAUUGAGACUGUGUAGAUUGCUAAUACUGUGUAAAGUGGUAGCUUGUUUUGAUUUUGAAACUGUUUAUUUAUGGAAAGAGAAUGUGUUUAUGUAAUUAGCCUUUUAUGGAUACAUGCUCCAUAUUUGUAGACAAUUGUUUCGUGACAUUUUCUUUUAUAUUAAAGAGAAUUUUGAAAUUUA